GCGCCGCUGAGGUGUUCUCUCCUCUACCUGUUCAUCCCGACAGCUUGCUGAACAGAUAACACGCAUGUGUCAGCAGAGAGGGAGAUAAAAACAGCGCCUGCUUUCAAGAAGCCGAUUAUACACAAACCUCCGCGGGUUUCAUCGCGUUCUCUAAAUGACGCGUGAUUUGACGACAAGACAACCCGCGCGCUCAUUCUGAGGAGGUUUUGCCAGCGCGCGACAUGGUUUACGUGUGGAAAGUGGAUACGGGGGAAUAAUAUUGACAAUAGAUGCACUUAUUCCCAGAGGAACUUUUCAAGGGCAGAUGGAUUCUCCUCGGAAGUUUUGGGAUCACGCGAGAGUCCGUUUGCACGGGUAAACUCACAGUAAAUACGAUCUGAAUUAUGGAUGGUGAUGGACAGCCUCCGGCUUCAAAUUGUGACUCGAAGCUCUGCUCCAGAGGUGGCUUCUCCCUAAACAACUGGCGUUCCUCUUCGAGGACUUUACUGCGAGGAGGAGAGGAUGUGAGCCGAAGGCUGCUGUCCGUUGUGAACCACCAGGAACGCACAGACUCGGGGUCCAGUCCCACCUCAAAAUCCCUUGAGGUGACCGCAGGGUUAGAUGGCACAACAGCAACCACCACCACCUCCACCGUGACCACAUCCACUCCGCCUCGCCUCAACAAAGCCAUGGCAGAGUCAGCAGGGCCUGCGGGAGCCCCUCAGCCAUCCGAAUCAGAAGAAAGGGUCUUCACUGACCAGUCUACAUUUAUCCAGAGACAGUUCAGCUCCUUGCUGCAGCCAGGGGUCAACAAGUUCUCACUGCGAAUGUUUGGGAGUGCAACGGGUGUUGCAGCCGAGCAGGAACGGGUCAAGUCAUUUGGGGUUUGGAUUAUACAUCCAUAUAGUGACUUCAGGUUCUAUUGGGACUUGGUGAUGCUGUGCCUGAUGAUGGGCAACCUCGUCAUUCUGCCAUGGGGCAUCACCUUCUUUGAGGAUCAGAACACACUGCCGUGGAUCACCUUCAACGUGGCCUCUGACACUCUCUUCCUGGCUGACCUCGUCUUCAACUUUCGUACCGGUAUUAUGGAAGCCGACAACACCCAAAUCAUCCUGGACCCACAAGUGAUCAGUCGGCGUUACCUUCGAGGCUGGUUUCUGGUGGACUUCAUCUCCUCCAUUCCGGUAGACUACAUCUUCCUGGUGGUGGAUAUAGAAGCCCGGCUUGAGUCGGCAGAGGUGUACCGCACUGCCAGAGCUUUGCGCAUCGUCCGCUUCACCAAGAUCCUCAGUCUGCUCAGAUUGUUGCGCUUGUCCAGACUUAUACGUUACAUUCAUCAAUGGGAAGAGAUCUUCCAUAUGACCUAUGACCUUGCAAGCGCAGUAGUUCGCAUAGUGAAUCUGAUUGGAAUGAUGCUGCUGCUGUGUCACUGGGAUGGCUGCAUGCAGUUCAUGGUGCCCAUGCUGCAAGAUUUCCCAUCAAACUGCUGGGUCUCCAAAAACAACAUGGUGAAUGCCACUUGGGAUGUCCAAUACUCCUAUGCCCUUUUUAUGGCCAUGAGCCAUAUGCUGUGUAUUGGAUAUGGUGCUCAGGCACCUGAGGGAGCAACUGAUGUCUGGCUCACGAUGAUGAGCAUGAUUGUUGGCGCCACCUGUUACGCCAUGUUCUUGGGCAAUGCCACCAACCUGAUCCAGUCCUUGGAUGCUUCCCAUCGUCAGUAUCAAGAGAAGUACAAACAAGUGGAACAGUACAUGUCCUUCCACAAGCUGCCGGCUGACAUGAGGCAGAGGAUCCAUGAUUAUUAUGAGCACCGCUUCCAGGGCAAGAUGUUUGACGAGGAAAAUAUCCUCGAGGAACUCAGUGACCCGCUAAAAGAGGAGAUAGUGAACUAUAACUGCCGUGGGCUGGUGGCUAACAUGCCUCUCUUUGCGAAUGCUGAUCCUCACUUCGUCACAGUGCUCCUCACAAAGUUACGCUUCGAGGUCUUUCAGCCGGGUGAUAUAAUCAUCCGUGAAGGGACGCUUGGUCGUAAGAUGUACUUCAUUCAGCAUGGCUGCGUCAGUGUGAUCACUCAUGACAAUAAAGUGAAGAAACUGAAUGACGGCUGCUACUUCGGGGAGAUCUGUCUGCUGACCCGUGGACGUCGUACAGCUAGCGUCAGAGCCGACACAUACUGCAGACUUUAUUCACUGAGUGUGAGCAGCUUUAAUGAGGUCUUAGAGGAGAACCCAUUAAUGAGGAGGGCGUUUGAGAGCGUAGCAGUGGACCGUCUGGAGCAUGAGGGAUACGGCAUUGUGCAUUCACACAAGAGUGUGGAGGAUGAUGGGGACUAAUGGACUCACCGAAGAUGACUGAAUGUAGAAAAAAAAAAACCAUGGUGUUACAGUGUCCAUAUAAUUGACAUUAAUGACAAUGUUCAGUUGCAGUAUGGUGUGAUUUAUUUAAUUAAAAUAGUUAUUUCUUAUUCUUAAUUUGACAAUGCAAUAUAUUGGAACAUAAAAAAUAAACUAUAUCAGUCCUGUAGAUUUGAUAAUGUUUAGUUGACGCUUGAGAUACUGGAUCCAUGCAAUUAAUUUCAGUCAGAAACCAUUCGUUUAGCAGGGACCUUGAUGAAUGUGGUAUAACAAUAUGUAUGCAGCAAUAUAUAUUAUAAUACAAGUGCAUUAACGAUACAAUAAAAUUAAAUGAACAUAGCACAAAACAUACCAUAACAUUACAAAAGCUUUUGUUUCUAAAUUUCUACUAAGCUCCUUUAGUUUCAAGGAAUAGUAGCCCUUAGUCAAGGAAUUGCUCCCUGUAAAUUGUGCAUUUAGCAAAAUAUCUCCAAGGCAGAUUUGAAUAUGUUAACUAAGUACAACUCAAUGUUUAACUCUUUAAUCUUGAUGUCUUUGACAUUGCUUUCAUUAAAAAACCUCCAGGCAGCCACCAGCAUGUAACAGUGUUGCACUUACUCGAGCUUUCAUUAUUGUUGUGCUGCUGGUGGAAGGUCUCUGGAUGUAUCAUGUGGAGACAAACAGAUAAUCAAAUCGAGGUAAAUCAAUUAAAAACAGUUGAAAAUAACAUUUCUAUUAGUUGUUUUAUAAUACAAUAAUAUACUGAAUUCUAUCUGCUUUCCGGAUCAACAUCGAGCACUUAAGAAUCAUGCACUGUAAGAAAAGAUGUCUGCUAACUGAAAGACAUGGAUGAGCUUGGA